GCAGCCAAUGCAAACUGAACGAAUCACUCUCGCUAUUCCUGAGUCAUAUAAAAGAUUCGGAACGACCGACUCCUUUCUAUAAAUUGUCUCUCUGCAGCGUGUAGUAUCCACUAUCAGGUCAGCGUCCGCUCCGUGUUUCCUUACAUUACAGCCAUGCUUCUCAGGUUCGUUUGCGCGGUUGUCACUAGAGCACUAUUUAUUUUAAUUUCACUCAUCGGUGUGUGGAGAGUCAUAUGGGUGAAACACGAUAAAUUGUACUGGCUUCUUACUAUCCUAUUUGUACCCCUCGUUGUGGAAAUGAUUUUAACACUGAAGAGGAGAAAAGGCAAGGACUGUAAGUGGUUCUCUCCAGCAAUUUUCCUGUUCCUUGUCAGCAUUAUACCGAGCAUUUGGAUCCUUGAGAUUCAUCAUCAACAGAAUAAACUCACUGAAGCCAAGUGUAAUCAACUCAAUUCAUCAGAGAGCAUUAAAGAAUUAUUUAAUAACCAGAGGAUGUUAAAUGCUACUAAUUGGACCGAUAUGUCUCAGAUUUUCGAGCACUAUAAGCAGCUCUUGUCAUCAGUAUGCCCCAACGAUUGGAUUUUGGCGCUACACCAGGCCUUGCUGGUGCUGCUGAUUGUGGGGAAGUGGCUGAUGCCUAACGAAGGAGGGCUCACACGAGACGAGCUCUCGCAACUGCUCCUCAUCUUUGUAGGAACGGCUGCGGAUAUCCUUGAGUUCACCAGCGAGACUCUAUCCGAUAUCAAGGAUAAGAGCCCAGUGUUGGUGUACAUUAUUCUAGCCGUCUGGACGUGGAGUAUGCUACAGUUCCCUCACAAUCUCACAGUGUUAAGCGCUAAAACAGAGGAGUAUGAGACGGAGCCCAGGUCUCUCCUCUCUCGACACCGAGCAGACUUCUGGGGUGUGAUCGAAGCCCUCUUGAUUCAGGACGGCCCGUUUUUUGUGGUCCGCCUGACCGUCAUGAUACACUUUGAAAUCAUUCACCAAAUGCUGGUCUUCUUUGCGAUCAAGAACUUUUUGGUGGUGGCACUGAAUGUGUAUCGACUCUGGGUCAUUUUUGCGGAUUCCAGAUCCUGAGGUUGGGACGCAGCUUACAUUUUAUAUAUGAUAUUCAUUUUAAAAAAGUGUAACAUACAAAUUUAUAGUUAGUAGAUUAGUUUAAAUAACAAACCAGCAAAAUCAAUGUAUACGUAUAUCAGGGAUGGACAGUAUUUCUGUAUACAUGUACACAUACUUUAUUUGAAGUAGCUAAAAAAAUAUUUUGCAGUUUGUAUUGGAUGCUUGAAGAAGAAGAAGAAAAAUGAUUUCAUCAAAAUCCAUGCAUGCUGUAUUUUUUUUUUUUUUUCAUUUGCAUGGUGAUAUCAUGUAAACUGGUGCUCAUGUGAAUGUAGAGGAUUUCAGAGCCGGCGCAUGCAAAAGAGCUUCUCUACAGCUUGAACAUAUCAGCAACACCAGUCACUUAUCAGAGACGCAGUCUGUUAGUAAACUGUUUAAGAAGAGCUCACGCAAUGUCUACACCCAUCAUGGAGGAAACAAAUAGCUGGCAAUGUGUUGACUGACCACUUUAUAUUCUGCAGGAAUUUAAAAACACACACAUGAUUGUUCCUGAGUGUUUAAAAGAUUUCAUAUAAUCAGUGAUGUCCUGAAAUUCUGAGACAAAGCUGCUUGUAUAGCUAGAAUAUAACAGCAGGUCAACACUACAGUACAGAAAUACAUUACAGAGCACCAAUACCAGAAACCAAAGAAACUAUAUAACUGAUACGUCAUGAUCUACAACCCCAAUUCUGAAAAAGUUGGGACAGUAUGGAAAGUGUAAAAAAAACAAAAAAACCCUACACACACAAAAAGAGUCAUUUGAAAAUUCAA